ACAAGAACUUCCAUUUGAACGUGAAGUUAAUAUGAGAAUCUGAAUCAGCAAGCAAAGUGAGUGCUAACUUGGCACUAGUGUUUGGUAACUAUCAAAAACAAGGUUCGUUAAAGCACCAUCUUUACACCGACUCUGGGUAGUUUCCAUCGCCAAUACGACACUGCUGAUGCAAUUCCUCGUCGUCGUUUAACGCUCUCGUUUUCAGUUCCACGGAAAAGAUAAAAAAGCGAUAAAACGCAGCUUCUCGAACGCUGCGAGAUCUCAAACCCGCGGUUUCGAAGCUUUUUCUGCGAUCAAUGGAGUUCGACCCGAUCCCAAUCGGUUCGUGCUCCAAACAACAGCAGGCGAUCUACAAGGACUGGUUCAAUUACGCUGAUUCAGAUAGCGAUGGCCGCAUUACGGGGAGUGACGCCACCAAGUUUUUCGCCAUGUCCAACUUGUCUCGCCAAGAUCUUAAGCAGGUGUGGGCUAUUGCAGAUACAAAGCGGCAAGGGUAUCUUGGUUUCUCUGAAUUUAUCAUUGCUAUGCAGCUAGUUUCUUUGGCUCAAUCUGGGCAUUCAAUAACACCCGAUUUGCCGACUAGUAAUGUUGAUUUUACAAAUCUGGAACCUCCCGUAAUGGAUGGUUUAGAUGCAUUACUAACUAAGAAAAAGCAUAAACACAGAGAAGUUGAAACGAAUGUAAUUACAGGUAGUUCUCAAUUGCAGCCAUCACCAUCGAGAAAUUGGUUUUCUUCAAAUUCAACUAAAAAGGUGCCUCUUUCCUCAGUGACAUCAAUAAUUGACGGCUUGAAGAGGCUCUACCUUAACAAGUUGAAGCCAUUAGAAGCGACUUACCGUUUUAAUGAUUUUGUAUCGCCAUUACUGACAAAUAGUGACUUUGAUGCCAAACCAAUGGUUAUGCUUUUGGGUCAGUACUCAACUGGUAAAACAACAUUUAUCAAACAUCUCCUUAAAAGUAGUUAUCCAGGAGCCCAUAUUGGACCUGAGCCAACAACUGAUAGGUUUGUUGUUGUCAUGUCUGGAUCUGAUGAGAGAACUGUUCCUGGAAAUACUGUUGCUGUCCAAGCAGACAUGCCAUUUAGUGGCCUUACAACUUUUGGCACAGCAUUUUUGUCAAAAUUUGUGUGUUCACAGAUGCCUCAUCCUCUACUAGAACACAUCACAUUUGUUGACACUCCCGGAGUUUUGUCUGGAGAAAAGCAAAGGACACAACGGGCAUAUGAUUUUACGGGCGUGACAUCUUGGUUUGCUGCCAAGUGCGAUUUGAUACUUUUAUUGUUUGAUCCUCACAAACUUGACAUUAGUGAUGAGUUCAAUCGUGUGAUAUCAUCCUUACGGGGACAUGAUGACAAAAUCCGAGUAGUUUUGAAUAAGGCAGACCAAGUUGAUACCCAACAAUUGAUGAGGGUUUAUGGCGCCUUAAUGUGGUCACUUGGGAAGGUGUUGAAGACACCUGAAGUAAUGCGUGUGUAUAUUGGCUCCUUCAAUGACAUGCCUGUAAAUGAUGUUGCCACUGGUCCACUUGGUAAGGAACUAUUUGAAAAGGAACAAGAUGAUCUUCUUUCGGAUCUGAAAGAUAUACCAAAAGCAGCUUGUGAUCGAAGAAUCAAUGAGUUUGUAAAACGAGCCCGAGCAGCCAAGAUACAUGCGUAUAUUAUCAGUCAUCUAAAAAAGGAGAUGCCUGCUAUGAUAGGCAAAUCUAAAGCUCAGCAAAAGCUCAUUGAUAAUUUGGCAGCUGAAUUUGGAAAGGUGCAAAGGGAGUUCCAUUUACCUCCUGGUGAUUUCCCAAAUGUAGAGUAUUUUAGGGAGAGAUUGAGUGGUUACAAUAUUGAUAAGUUUGAAAAAUUGAAACCAAAGAUGAUACAAGCAGUUGAUGACAUGUUAGCCUACGAUAUUCCUAACCUCUUGAAGAAUUUUAGGAAUCCCUAUGAUUAAAUUCCUGAGCAAUUGAGUCAGUGCUAUAUUAGAUUAGUCAGAAUGACGUUUAUAGCAGAAUUUUACGGAGUCUUUGUGCACUGUGUAUGUUCGUCAUGGGAUCUUGAUGUGCUAUCCGAUUGAUGCUUUUUUUUCUACCUGGAUAGUUAUAUUAUUAAAUUUAUGUUUUUUCUUUUUCGUA